UGAGCAGCCCUUCACCCCAGGAGCCCCUUGUGACAGAGCCAGUGCAGAGUGGGGCUGGGGCUGGGGAGUGCAGCAGCCACCGGGUUAAAAGGAGGCCACAGGCAGGUUUGUGCUCUAAUUUUGCAGAUGCUGGAGAAAGGCUUCUUUUGCUUUGCAGAGAAACUCUAGGGAUGGCUCUGGCAUGAGGCACAAAAUGAGUGGUUUUUUCCUUAUUACGCUGUUUGUGAUUCUCUCGUGGUUUGGAGCAACCUUGUCACACAUGCUCAUUAAAAAUCAGAUCUAGCUGUUUAGAUUUGAUAUGGAAUUUAAGGAGGAUGAAGGACAACAUUUUCAUAAAACCUGAGAUCUUGAGAAUGAUUCUCCCAGGGAAGAGAAUUUGGCAGGGGAGUACUACAAUUGGCAGUACUAGUAAUGGAAAUAAAAGGAGAUACAGGAGCACAGUAACUGUUAAUGGCAAACAAAGGUAAAUUGCAGGAAAUUAUAUUCCUCCAAAUGAGUUUAGCCAAGUUUCUGGCUCCUUCUGUAAUUCAUUGCUGCAGUGAGCUGGGGAGCAAAGGCAGCUGCUGUGUCAUGGUUGGACCAUCAAUGGCUGUUGGUCCGCAAUGACUGAGGAUGGAAUUGGAGCAGCUCCAAAAGCUCCAGAACCUCAUAAAACUGAGAGUUGGGUCUUUAGCUGUCAGAGGGUGACAGCCUUUGGGGUAAGGUGUGACUGGCCUGGCUGGGAACCUCUUGCCCACAUUGUUUCCUGAAACAAAACCAGCCUGCUUGCCCCGUCUGUCACCUGUACUUGUUUCUUCAGGUCCACUUUUAAGAAAUUAUUGUCUAUGAUGAUUGAUCCUUAACCACGUGCAGAGUUCAUUUAUUAGUUCCUUAAUUUGGGAAUUUAGUGGGUUUUUGUAGCCAGGCAGAUAUUUUGGGUGACUGUCAAAGACCUCAGUACACAUGUGAAUGUUUAAGAAAUUAAAAAUUUAACCCGAUGCUUUGUCAUCCCGUAAAGGCUGAAGAAAGGCUUUAAUCCUUAGCAGUGAGAGACUGUAACUGUGCCACCUUGGAUGCUGUGACAUGGUUUCACGCUAUAACGUGUUUAGUUCUGAUCAUUUUGUGAUGGACAGGAGCCUGGGGACAAAACUGAUGGGGGCAGGGGGGUUUCCCCAGGGGAUGAAUCAGCUGGAAAGCAGCUCAGGGAGGAUCUGAUCUUAGCGCAGCUGCUGGUCUGUGAGCCGGGAGCCGCCGGGGAGCAGCUGACAGGAGGGAGGAGAUCAGUGCGAGGGGUUGGUGUGUCGGUUUCCAGGCAGGGCACGUGUGGGGAGCGAGAGCUGCGAGCGCUGCUCCAGCCUCCGGAGCGAGCCGGGACCAUGGGGCAGGUGGCUUGGAAGGCUUUAUUCCUGUCGCUUUUUGACUAUAAAACGGAGAAAUACGUCAUUGCCAAGAACAAGAAGGUGGGGAUCCUCUACCGAGUGGUGCAGCUCUCCGUGCUGGCUUACCUGGUGGGGUGGGUGUUUGUUGUCAAGAAAGGCUACCAGGACACAGACACAUCUCUCCAGAGCUCUGUCAUCACCAAGCUGAAAGGGGUGGCCUUCACCAACACCUCGGAGCUGGGGGAGAGGCUGUGGGAUGUUGCAGACUACGUCAUCCCUCCACAGGGUGAAAGCGUCUUCUUUGUCAUGACGAAUCUGAUCGUGACCCCAAACCAGAGACAAGCCACCUGUCCUGAGGUAGGAAGAACUGAGCCCCUUGGCCCCCAGACCCCUACAAAACCAGGGAGUGCCAGCAUUCCCGAUGCCCUGUGUCACAAGGACGAGGACUGCCUGGAAGGGGAAGCAGUGGUGGCUGGCAAUGGGGUUAAGACUGGCCGUUGUUUGAAAGACAGGGACAGCACCAGAGGGACUUGUGAGAUACUGGCCUGGUGCCCAGUGGAGAAAAGAUCCAAGCCCAAGAAACCCCUUCUUGGCAGUGCAGAAAACUUCACUGUUUACAUCAAGAACUCAAUUCGCUUCCCCAAGUUUAAGUUCUCCAAGAUGAAUGUGCUGGCAACUGACAAUGAGUCCUACCUGAAGACCUGCCGCUACAGCGCCGAGCAUCCCUACUGCCCCAUCUUCGUGCUGGGGAACAUCGUCCGCUGGGCCGGGGGCGACUUCCAGGAAAUGGCCUUGGGGGGUGGUGUGAUAGGAAUUCAGAUUGAAUGGAACUGUGAUCUUGAUAAAGCCCCUUCUGAAUGUAAUCCUCACUAUUCUUUUAGCCGGCUGGAUAACAAGUCUGCAGAAACGUCCAUCUCUUCUGGGUACAACUUCAGGUUUGCCAAAUAUUACCGGGAUGCUGAGGGGGUCGACUACCGGACGCUCAUCAAAGCCUACGGAAUCCGCUUCGAUGUGAUGGUGAAUGGCAAGGCAGGGAAAUUUAACAUCAUUCCCACCGUUAUCAACAUCAGUUCGGGGCUGGCGCUCAUGGGAGCGGGAGCCUUCUUUUGUGACCUGGUGUUGCUGUAUCUGAUUAAGAAGAGUAACUUUUAUCGAGGCAAAAAGUACGAGGAAGUGAAGUCCAAUUCCAGGAAGUCAUUGUCUAGUCCGACACCGAAUGGGAAUCAGAGCCCAGACCAGCUGGGUGGGCUCUAAGCAAAGUGGUGGCUCUGCCAGCUGGACUUGUGCUCCAGGAAAACCACACAGGUGUGAAACCACACCAGCACUGGGAGAUGGAGAGC